AGCUUUUCACACUCGGUUUUAUUUUGUUUCAUUUUAACAAACACUCACACAAGGAAAAACAAACUAAACCCAAGAACAAUACUCCAAUCCUUUGCCAUUGAUAGGCAUUAUACGUACGCACAUACCAUUUCAGACUUCUUUGCUCUUGUGGGUUUGGGAUCGCCAUUUCUCCGUAAUGAGAAAGCGAACAAAUGCUUCCGUAUCGGCACAUGAAGAUGAAGUAUCAAAUCUUAAAUCACUUCAACAAGAUAGUAAACAACGAGCCAGUCAAUUUCCAUCAUCCACGAAAAUCUUUAUAAUUUGUUUAAUAUUCAGAAUGACAAAUUCUUUAUUUGUGCAAACAUAUUUCAACCCAGACGAGCAUUGGCAAGCGCUUGAAGUUGCACAUCGAAUUACCUUUGGGUAUGGACAUUUAACAUGGGAGUGGACAAAAGGAAUACGUAGCUAUUUGCAUCCAAUGUUAUUUGCGGUUCUUUAUAAAGUUCUUUCCGUUUUACAUCUUGAUACUCCACUCUUCAUGAUAAAGGCUCCAAGACUAUUGCAAUCUGUGUUGUCUGCUUUUGGUGAUCUUUACAUGUUCAAACUCUCUCAUGUCCUGUAUGGUGGCCAUGUUGCCAUGUGGGCUCUCUUUGCACAGUUAACCAACUGGUUUAUGUUCUACUGUAUAACACGCACUUUAUCCAACAGUUUAGAAACCGUUCUUACGGUUCUUAGUCUCUACUACUGGCCCUGUCUGAGGGUCAAUUCAAGCAAUAGCCCGGAAGCUUCUAGAACCUGGGCCUUGGUUACUGCCGCCAUAGCAUGUGCCAUUCGGCCCACAAGUGCUAUAAUAUGGAUUUAUGUCGGUCUCAUGGAGCUUAUUGUGUCUCGCGAUAGACUGAAAUUCAUUUUUCUUCAAGUCUUGCCUAUUGGGUCAAUUGUGCUUGGACUGACGUUCCUACUGGACCGUUUGAUGUACGGUUCGUGGGUUUUCGUGCCUCUUAAUUUUUUGAAGUUCAAUUUUCUUUCCUCUGGAGGUGAUUAUUAUGGAACUCAUCCAUGGCAUUGGUACUUCACUCAGGGAUUUAUCGUCAUGAUAUUUACCUUUUUACCUUUCAUGGCGGUUGGUGUCGUACAGUCUAAACAGUGGAAGCUUUCGGGCCUCAUAUUGUGGGUUAUAGGGCUUUAUAGUAUUUUAGGGCACAAAGAAUUCAGGUUUGUCCUCCCUGUGCUUCCAAUAGCUUUAUCUUUCUCCGGUUAUUCGUUAGCCAUGUUAAGCCGACAAUAUUCUUCUAAUAAAAAGAACAAAUAUACAAGAACUCGAACUAAAUCCUCUUGGAAGAUACAAGCGGCGGUUAUUUUCUUGGUGGUCACGAAUCUUCCCAUGGCUCUUUACAUGAGUAUGGUUCAUCAGAGAGGAACUGAGGAUGUGAUGAAUUAUCUAGCGAAAGAAGCCCAUCAAGGGAAUGUGAAAAGCGUUCUAUUUUUGACGCCAUGUCAUGCUACUCCAUACUAUUCAACCUUGCAUCAAAAUCUUCCUAUGCGUUUUUUGGAUUGUUCACCGAGCGAAGUGAAGGGAAAUCUUGAUGAGUCUGACCGGUUCAUGACGGACCCGAUUGGUUUCACAUCUGAAUUUGCCAAAAAUUGGUCUCAACCAAGUCAUAUCGUACUAUUCAACAAUGAAGAAAAACAUCUUAAAGAUUUCCUUUCAUCCCAUUCAUAUGAAGAGACAAAAAGAUUCUUUCAUGCUCAUUUCAAGGUGGAUCGGGAUCUUCAAGCAUCAGUCGUCGUGUAUGCUUUGAAGUAAUCGCCCGUAAUCUUCACUUUAGGAUAACCUGAUUUUCUGGUAUAAUUUUUGUAAAAGUUCAAAUUUUGGAGUCUAAUUUAUUUAAAUUUUGUAGAGUUUGUAGAAUUAAUUUAUACACAAACACGGUUUAGGGAAUUGUUGUGUCAUCUUGUUUUUGAGCGCUAUAGGAAGGUGUUUGGAUCAUGUUUAACAUAUGAUAGAAUGGUUUCGUGUUGAUUUGGGUCAAGAAAAGUCGGUGUCUAUGCUGUAAACAAAUGAAUACCUUGAUUAUGUUUGGCAUGAAACUAUUUGAAUUAGUUA